AUGGCGCUGGAUGGGAUCCGGAUGCCUGAUGGCUGCUACGCCGACGGGACGUGGGAGCUGAAGAUGCAUGUUACUGACCUCCACCGGGACGUGUCGCUGAGGGUCACAGGCGAGAUCCACAUAGGUGGCGUCAUGCUCAAGUUGGUGGAAAAAUUAGAUGUGAAAAAGGACUGGUCAGACCACGCGCUGUGGUGGGAGAAGAAGAAGACGUGGCUACUGAAGACCCACUGGACUCUGGAUAAGUAUGGCAUCCAGGCCGAUGCCAGACUGCUCUUCACACCACAGCACAAGCUUCUGCGCCUGCAGCUGCCCAACAUGAAGCACAUGAAAGUCAAGGUCAACUUCUCCGACAGAGUCUUCAAAGCAGUCUCUGAUAUCUGCAAGACGUUCAAUAUCCGUCAUCCAGAAGAGUUAUCUCUACUGCGUAAACCGCGUGAUCCCAAAAAGAAGAAGAAAAAGUUGGAGGAGGCCGAGGAGGAUGAUUUGGAGAUAGAGGGUCCACUGUUAACUCCUGGAUCUGGAAGCAUUUAUUCCAGCCCGGGCUUGUACAGCAAAACCAUGACACCCACGUACGACUCACGAGAUGGCAGCCCGCUGUCACCCACUUCCGCCUGGUUCGGCGACAGCCCCCUGUCAGAGGGCAACCCCGGCAUCCUUGCUGUCAGCCAGCCUAUCAGUUCCCCGGACAUCCUGGUCAAGCUUUACAAACCGCAGUCUCUGUUGGACAAGGCAAAGAUUAACCAGGGGUGGUUGGACUCCUCCAGGUCUCUGAUGGAACAGGAUGUCAAGGAGAAUGAGGUGUUGCUGCUAAGGUUUAAAUACCACAGUUUCUUUGACCUCAACCCAAAGUAUGACGCCAUAAGGGUGAACCAGCUCUAUGAGCAGUCCAAGUGGGCCAUCUUGCUGGAGGAAAUCGAGUGCACGGAAGAGGAAAUGAUGAUGUUUGCUGCGUUGCAGUACCACAUCAACAAGUUGUCCAUUAUGUCGUCAGACAACCAUAUGAAUAACAGCGAGAAGGAGGUGGAUGAAGUGGAUGCCGCCCUCUCCGAUCUGGAGAUCACGCUUGAGGGAGGAAAGACGUCCAACGCCCUGGGUGACAUCACGUCUAUUCCCGAGCUAGCGGACUACGUCAAAGUCUUCAAACCCAAGAAGCUGACAUUGAAGGGGUACAAGCAGUACUGGUGCACGUUCAAAGACAUCACAAUUUCCUGUUACAAAAGUAAAGAAGAAGCGCACGGGACCCCUGCUCACCAAAUGAACCUCAGAGGGUGCGAGGUGACCCCGGAUGUGAACAUAUCAGGUCAGAAAUUCAACAUCAAGCUGCUAAUCCCCGUAGCGGAUGGCAUGAACGAGAUCUGGCUGCGAUGUGACACAGAAAAGCAGUACGCUCACUGGAUGGCCGCGUGCCGCUUAGCGUCGAAGGGGAAGACAAUGGCGGACAGUUCUUACAACCUAGAAGUGCAGAACAUCCUGUCCUUCCUCAAGAUGCAGCACAUGAACCCUGACCCGCAAUUCAUCGAGCCCAUCACCACUGACAUUAACCCAGAGUGUCUUGUGUCGCCACGCUACCUGAAAAAGUACAAAAACAAGCAGCAAGGCUUAAUCAGGGAUUUGAUCUCGGCCCGCAUCCUCGAAGCCCACCAGAACGUGGCCCAGAUGAGUCUAAUCGAAGCUAAGAUGCGCUUCAUCCAGGCGUGGCAGUCACUGCCCGAGUUUGGAAUCACUCACUUCUUGGCUAAGUUCCAGGGCGGAAAGCGUGACGAGCUGAUUGGCAUCACAUACAACCGUCUGAUCCGCAUGGACGCCGGCACCGGGGAUGCUAUCAAGACCUGGCGCUUUAGCAACAUGAAGCAGUGGAAUGUCAACUGGGAAAUCAAGAUGGUGACCGUCGAGUUCGCGGAUGAGCCCAGCCUGUCGUUUAUCUGCGCCGAGGUGGACUGCAAGGUGGUCCACGAGUUCAUCGGCGGUUAUAUCUUCCUGUCCACACGGGCCAAGGACCAGAACGAGACCCUGGACGACGACAUGUUCUACAAGCUCACCAGCGGCUGGGUUUGA